AUGGCGCUCUCACGAGAGCAAGUUCAUCUCGGAUCUUUGGACCUUCCUUCUCCAACCCGUCAACUCUGCUUCUUCUCUACUGGCUGUCUGGCAGGCCUCGCCAGUCUUCCCAUGGCAUUCCUGCCUAAAAUUCCUUCCAUCGGGACAGCCACUCCUCCUGUACUUCGUGCCGGUGUUCGAUUUUGGACCUUCGACCAGACCCGUCAUAUACUGGCACCCUUCCACCUCCCUGUGUGGCUGACAGGCGGACUAGGAGGCGCAGCAGGAGGCUUUAACGAAGUUCUGCUGCACUCCCUGACCCAGUCGAGAAAGUUGCCUGCUGCCACUGCUCUAGGUGCCCAAACACUGCGUCUGUUCCUUUGUUUUGGCACGUACACUNUUUUGAGCACUACCUUUAGUGCCACCCUGCCGCCAAAGCCAUUCUGGAAGUGCUGGUUGAUGGGAGCCACUGCUGGUGCCACUGGAAGUGCUGUUGUUGCUGCUCUGGAAGGUGCAAGAGGUAGAGUCCUGUGGGGCCAUGCAAUCCCUAGAGGAGCAGCAACCAUAGGUACUGUGAUUGCCGUCCAUGUUACCAGUUGCGCCGCCCUGCUCGAUACUGUGGAUGCUGGAGACUGA